UUUUUUGGCUUAUUAAUAGGGUUGAGCGGUAUCGGCGGAUGAUAUAGCGGUAUCGAGAUCUCAAUCGGGCGGGAUCCCGGGAGGGAUUAUCUCGGUCUUUUUGAAUCCCUCUCCCAAUAGUAGUUACCCUCCCCGGACCGUAUCAAAGGGAAAUGCCGGGUUAACUACUCCCAAUUUACGUCGGAAUCCCGAUUCCUCUCAACUGUACUUAACAAGAUGAGUUACACGAAGAACGGAACAAUUAAGCCAAAUUCUAUUAAACUUAGACUGUGCAAUAGUUGGAUUCUUAAAGGGUAUUGUCCGCGUGGAUUUGCUUGCAUGUAUGCACACGGGAUGGAUGAGCUACAUGAUGGUCUGUGCACUACAUGGCUUCAUAAAGGAUACUGCCCGCGUGGUUUUGCUUGUAAGUUUGCACAUGGGAUAGAGGAACUUCUAGACGGUGAUCGUGAUGACACUACCAAGCUAAAUGUUAUCUGCAAACAUUGGUUUAAUAAUAGAGAAUGCCAAAAGGGUGAUGCUUGUCGUUUUAUGCAUCCACCUUUUAAAAAAGUGAAGAAAAAUGACGAAAAUUUGGAUAGAGAUUGUGAUUGUCCUGCUAAUGUAGAGGAAAACUCUUCUGUUCGAGGAGGGAAAAAGGGUUCUUCUCCACCUGAUCUGCCUACGUCUCAAAAGACUACUGGCAAAAUCAACAUUAAUUGUUUUCUUAAAACUCCAAUAGUGCCACAACAUUUAAUGACUGGAUAUGCGAGUUCCGGAUUAUUCCAAAGCCGAGGGGAUCGAAAUGAGAGCGGAUCAUCAUCAUCUACGGGCGGUGAACGAGUAUAUGCGAAGAGAGUGAUGAUGAUGAAGAUGAAGAAGACGAAUUGUUUUUCUUGGACAAUAUGAAAGGAGAUAGAUAUAUG